AUGGCUGGAUUACAAUAAAAGAUCUUCAAUAAUUAAUUUGUUGUAAAAAAAAGGAUUUCUUCAGGUUCAUUUGGUGUAGUGUACUAGGGACUCGAUUUACAUUCAUAAGAGCUUGUGGCAAUUAAGGUUGAAAAGUUAGAGGUGGAUGAAUUAUUGAGUUUAGAUAGAGAGGUUGAGUAAUGGUUAUUGAUGUAGAUUUAAAUACUGAGAUCAGUUUAAGGAGUGCCCUAAGUUCCUAGACUCAAAUGGGCAGGAAAAGACUAAGGAAAUAAUGUGAUGGUAAUUCAGCUUUUGGGUAGAGAUCUAACACAUUAUAUGAGAUAGAGAAAAAGACUCAGUUUGCCUUGUGUUUUGGGUAUCGCAGAUUAGUUACUGACAAUACUCGAAAACGUCCACCAUAAGGGAGUGAUUCACAGAGAUUUGAAGCCAGAAAAUGUAUUGGUGGGAAAGGAUAAAGAGAAAAACUAAUUAUAUUUGGUCGACUUUGGGAUUGCAAAAUAAUUUAAAGAUAAAGAUGAUAAACAUAUUCCAUUCAAAGAUAACAAACCAUUCUUUGGGACUUCCAGAUAUGCGAGUAUAGCAGCACAUAAGGGAUAUGAAUUAUCAAGAAAGGAUGAUCUGGAAUCAUUAGGUUAUAUGUUAAUAUUUUUAUUGAAGGGAAGUUUGCCGUGGUAAAAUGUUAGUCAUAAAAAUGAAGAAGAAAAGGUUAAAAUUGUUGGUUUAAUGAAAAUGAGAAUAUCUUCUCAAGAAUUAUGCUAAGAUUUGCCAAUUGAAUUUAUGAGAUUUAUAGACUUAGUGAAAAAGAUGAGUUAUAGAGAGAAACCAGGCUAUAAAUAUUUCCAAUAACUAUUUCGAAGAGUGGCCAUUUAAUAAUAGGUUGAGUAUAGAUUUGAUUGGUUAGAUGAAAAUAACUAAGAGAAAAAAUCUAGUUCAGUGUCUCCGAAAAAGCAGAAAUCUAUUAAAAUUAUGGAUCAACCACACUUGAUAUCGUAAGUCUAUUCCCCAAUGAAGAAAAAGCAGAGCGAAGAAUUUGAUGAUACUGGACUUUCGAAGAGAGAGUCUAAUGGGAGAUUAUCAAUAGCUAACAACUCUUAUAAUCUUGUCCCUUGUGACAGCAGACAAAAUUUAAGACACAAAAGCACAAGUUCAUUUAAUGAGUCAAAUCAACAAUACAGUGACAUUCAACCAGAGGUCAGUUGUAUGAUAGCUUAUCAAAGAAAUGUGAGAUUUGGAUCAUUUCAUAACGAACUCAAUACUCCAAAGCAACCAGAAAGAAGUACAUCUGCACAAAAUAAGAUUAGAGUUGCACAUAAAUUAAGUUUGGAUGUCAAAGCUAAUUGUUAUAACUCUAUCGUAGAAUUGCAAUUUGGCCUGAUGAACAAUCCAUCCAUUAUGGAUUUCACUGAGAAGAGCUAAAAUCAAAUGAAUGAAGAUGAGAGUCCUUGUCUUGAGGAUAAAUGUAGCAUCUUAAAAAAAGAUUCUAUUGAAAAUUAUUUUAAAAACCCAAUACAACUUUUUAGAAUAAGCUACAAAGAGAAAACAAGAGUUAAAAAUAAUUGA